UAGCACUCUGAUAUUUGAUGAUCACGCAGAAAACGCACUAUUUCAACAGAUUUUUGUCUUCUUUCUUCAAGUGAUUUUAUUAAAAGGUGUUGAUUAAGGUCCUUCUUCUCUUUCUAUGCUCUGCAGUAACUACAAGGACGAGGACCGCACCAACGACAACAACAACAACUACUACCACGGUUGCCACGACUACAACCGCACCCCGGAUCUUUACCCACAGGGCGGCAGUCAAUGAAGGCUACACCCGUUCGCCGACCCCAUGUCGGUCCAAGGACUGGGCCUACAGCAACCAGACUGGGAUGUGCUAUAUGUUCUUCAUCGACAAAGUCAGCCAGGCAGAGGCUAUAGACGCCUGCAAGAGCAAGGACAACUCUGAUCUCCUCUCAAUACAGAAUCAAGACGAACAAGACUUUAUAGAUAAAGCACUCAGCUAUGAUUAUUUGGACCAUUGGACGCUGGGGAAGAAAGCUGCAUAUCAUGAUGUCAAUCGCGCCUUGAAGAAACCAGCCUGGCAAUCCAGCACCUCUCCGAAAAUCGGCCUUGCAGUGAACGCAGUUGACGGGAACUUCGAGGAUACGUUUGAGUACAAUUCUUGCACACACACCAUGCUCGAGGCGAAUGCUUGGUGGGCUGUUGACCUUGCAAAUGCCUACUCGGUGACGGGGAUCAACUUGCAGAAUCGUGGUGACUGCUGCGCUGAGCGUCUGUCUAAUUUUGAUGUUGUCGUGUCAAACACCAAACCACCGACAUCCGGGGCUCUGCCAAACCUGGCGAAGCUAGUAUCGGAGGGACUGUGUAUGACCCAGCUUGAUCCCCUGCCAAGGGGCAAGACAUCAUUGAAGUGCAUCACUCCGAAAGAUGGUAGCUACGUCUAUGUCAUCUUGAAGGGAAGAGGUACACUUACAAUAUGUGAAGCUGAGGUAUUCGGAGUCCGAGUGGACUUCACAUACGCUGGGGAAGAGAUUAAGUAUGGUAACUGGCUGCCGAAUGAGUUGCUCACUGAGACAGCUCACGGCGAGGAGGCCUGCAUCAGUCUCGUCAAGGACAUCUUCAUCAAGGGAUUCCUCCUGAUGAAAUGGAAAUGGAACACUAAACCUUGCACGGAGAAAAAAAGCUUUGUGUGUCAGCAUGUGGCCAAGCGCUGCCCAGCCCUGCCGACAGCUCAGUUCGUUGAGCCUCAUCCAGCCAAGCCUUACAUCGAACUCACCAUUAACUUCAAGUGUGCGCUAGGUUACGAGAUGCCCAACUACAGGCUGCGUUACAAGAAAUGGAAGGCAAAGAAACCACCAUCGAAUGAAACAACUUUGACCAAGGCCUGGCAGGCGGUGAGGCCAAAUAUAACGAAGAAGCCUUCAAUGAGAUAUACCUGUGAAUAUCCUGGUAAAUGGAGCAAGGGGUCUCUCGCUCCUUGUGAAGCUAAACGUUGCCCUAGUCUGCCAGAAGUCAAGCACGCUGUAACGAAUUCUAGUGCAUACGUCUAUCCGGCAUGGGUCGGAUAUCAAUGUGAACAUGGCUAUCACUAUGCCUAUGAUAAUACAAGUUCCAAGGUGAGCUGGUGCAGCCCGGAUAUGGAAUGGAUCGAUGUACCCGAUGAUUGUGAACCUGUUGAAUGCGAACUCUUCCCAAGAGUUGGUAACGCAACUCUAAACUCUGCCAAAAAUCGCUACAAGGAGACCGUGAUAUGGACCUGCAACCAGGGUUUCAUGUUCCCGGACAGGGCAGUCAGUAAAUGGAUAUCCUGCAGAGAGAACUUCGUCAACUGGCAGAUUGGAAGAUGGAAUAUUAGCAAGCUGGAUGACUGCAUCCCACUGGUAUGUCCAGACCCGCCACAACCAAUGAACACAAACAUGAGCUCCUAUGGGACAGCCUACAAGACAGUGAUAUUGUAUUCCUGCGUCAGUGAGGAGUUCGAGUUCCCAGCAGGGGAUGCAGAGAUGCAGACAGAGUGUGUUGAUGGGGCGCAGUGGCGACCGACGCCGUCCCCUUGUCGGGAAAAACCGAAGAAAUUGAAGUUGAAGGGGAAAUUUUAUGUACCGCCGCCCAAAGAGUCUCCAUCCGCGGAAGCUGUUGGAACACUUGCAAUGAUAAUCAUGAUUAUCCUCGUGAUAAUCAUGGUCUUGAUGGACCUCAACUCCAUGUUGCAAGGAUUUAGGUUGCUGCGAUUCAACCUGAAGUCGAGGUUCUGUCAUAAGAAGCAGCACUAGUGUAUCUUCAUAAAGAAGUUGGUACAUAGUCCCUGCGACUCUUUAGCACCUUGCGGAUGGUGGUCAAGGUAUAACAUGGUCAGGGGAACUCUUCAGCACUUUGCGGACGAUGGUCGAGUCGGAACAUGGUCCCGGCCGCUCUCCAGCACCUUUUGCCGAUGGUGGUCAAGGUGGCACAUGGAUAGAGCAACCCUUCCGCACCGUGCGGAUGGUGAUCAAGGCGGAACGUGGUCCCGGUAACUCUUCAGCACCUUGCGGACGGCGGUCAAGGCGGAACAUGGUCCGGUAACUCUUCAGCACCUUGCGGACGGCGGUCAAGGCGGAACGUGGUCCUGGUAACUCUUCAGCACCUUGUGGACGGCGGUCAAGGCGGAACGUGGUCCCGGUAACUCUUCAGCACCUUGUGGACGGCGGUCAAGGCGGAGCGUGGUCCCAGUAACUCUUCAGCACCUUGCAGACGGCGGUCAAUUCGGAAGUUGGUCCCGGCAACUCUUCAGCACCUUGUGGGUGGUGGUCGAAGUUGGAGCAUGGUCUUGGUAACUCUUCAGCUCCUUGAUAAAGUAAAACAUAUUUACGAAUUGCCUUCCAAACCCUUUGAAGACAGCAUGUCCGCAAAAGAUGAUGCAACGUCCAAUUCGAUUAGUCAAUUACUUCAAAGACAUUUUUAAC